AUGAUGGUCAGACACUUAUUUAUAUUUUACAUCAACUUGGUUUGUGCUUUUACCAAACCAAACGUAAUCCAACCAACCCCUGUGAUGGUUACUGUGCUGGGAGGCACUGUGACUCUCACUUGCUUUCGUCCAAAUGUGUCAGUGACCAGUUUUGAUUGGUUCAAGCAGAGUGUUGGACAGAAACCCCUUCACAUGGCGUCAUCACCAUAUGUUGGCCAAGAGAGUUAUUAUUCCAACAAUUUUAUCAAGGACUUUACUGAGACCAAGCGUUUGGGUGUGAGGAGAGGAGUCUACACCUGUAAUUUGACCAUUUCCAAGGCAGAGUCAGGGGACUCGGCUACAUACUAUUGUUCCACUAGAGUCAUCUAUGAGCUCACUAUUGGAGAGGGAACUGUUUUAAUUGUCAAAGACUCAGAGUCCAACAGCAUGUCUGUGCUCCAGCAGCCUGCGUCUGAGUCAGCCCGGCCAGGAGAUUCUGUGACUCUGAACUGUACAAUACACACUGAGACCUGUGCAGGAGAACACAGUGUCUAUUGGUUCAGACAUGGCUCAGGAGAAUCCCGUCCAGGAAUCAUUUACACUCAUGGAAACUGGAGUGAUCAGUGUGAGAAGAGCUCUGAGAAUGGGUCUCCUACACAGAGCUGUGUCUACAGCCUCCCCAAGAGGAACCUCAGCCUCUCUGAUGCUGGGACUUACUACUGUGCUGUGGCUUCAUGUGGGGAGAUACUGUUUGGAGAUGGGACCCAGCUGGACCUUCAAGUUCCAGAACAUGAUUCUCCAUUUGAUAUGAGUCCUACUGUUCUGUCGUUGGUCGUCUCCAACAUCGUUCUGGGGAUAGUGACCCUUCUACUUGUCUGGGCGCUGUGCAAGACUCUGAACAGAGAUAGCAGAGGGAGGAUAGAUGUCCCAACGUCCCAGGCUAAUCAGAAUCAAGACAGUGACGUGUUGAACUAUGCAGCUGUCAGUUUCACCCCCAAGAAGAAGUCCUCCUCUAGAAGAGUGAGAGAGAAGACCAGCAGAGAGGAUGCAGUGUACUCUGAUGUCAGGCACCUGCAGCAGCAGUGA